AUGCUUUUCACUAUUCUCACUUUGAUCUGUUUAUGUUUAACGAAAACGGCAGUUUUGGCGGCACCAGUAAAUGGCCACCCAAUCCCGGUGACCCCAUUGCCUCCACUUGUCACCAAUGGCCUCCCAACAGUCACUCUUCCCAUUCAUUUAUGUCCGAUAUUUAUGUGUCCGAUGAUUCUUCCCGAUUCCCGAUUUUCGGAUGAUUCUCGUCCCAUCCGUCCAUGUCAUUGUCCUCAAUUUCCGAUAGAUCGUGCACCAGUGAUUGUU